ACAGUGAAGAUGAAGGUUCUCUCAUUCUGCCACAGCUCCAGAGCCUGCUUCCCUCUCCCUGGGUUUAUUAUUUUCUUCUUUACUUGUUAUGUUCACAGGAUGGAAUCAGCAAAGUUCACAGUGAUUGGACCCUCUGACCCUGUCACGGCCAUCCUGGGUCAGGAAACUGUGUUACCCUGUCACCUGUCCCCCAGCAUGAGUGCUGUAAACAUGGAGGUGAGAUGGUUCCGAUCGGAGUUUGCAUCCUUUGUGCACCUGUAUCGUGAUGGGAAGGAUCGGUAUGAUGGGCAGAUGCCAGACUAUCGGGGAAGGACAGAGCUUUUGAAAGCUGGACUCAGAGAUGGGAUUGUUCCCCUGAGAAUUCUCAAUAUCAGACGUGCUGAUGAAGGACUAUACCUCUGUUUUGUUCAAGAUGAUACCUUUUAUGGAGAAACUGUAUUGGAACUGUGGGUAGCAGGUCUGGGCUCUGCUCCUCUUAUCUCUGUGGAGGGUCACCAAGAUGGAGGGAUCCGGGUGGUUUGUCAAUCAGCUGGUUGGUACCCAGAGCCUGAAGUGCUGUGGAAAGAUCGCAGUGGGCGACAUUUACCAUCACUCUCUGAAACAACAUCCCAAAGAGAUAAUGGCCUAUUUGAAACAGAAACUGCUCUCAUUGUAAUAGAACAUUCAAACCAAAACUUGUCGUGUUGCAUCAGGAACACCGUUCUCAAUCAAGAAAAGGAAUCAGCAGUUUAUAUAGCAGAUUCCUUUUUCCCAAGGGUGAAUCCCUGGAUGGUGGUGCUGAGUGUGAUCCUGGCGGUUUUGUUUGGUUUCAUUGGCCUCACUGUUUAUCUGUUUAAAACGAAAGACAAUAGAACUGAAUCGGAUCAUAGCAGAUACAUCUCUGUGCUGCUUGGGAAACUUAAUGAAGAAAUUGGGUGGAGAAGAUCCGUGGCACCUAUAGAAGAAGCGAAUGUGACUCUGGAUCCAGACACGGCUCAUCCCCAACUCGUCCUGUCUGAGGAUCAGAAAAGUGUGAGAUGGGAAGACACACGGCAGCAUCUGCCCGACAACCCUGAGAGAUUUGACACUUGGCCCUGUGUGCUGGGCUGUGAGGGAUUCACCUCAGGGAGACAUUGCUGGGAGGUGGAGGUGAAGGAUGGGCAAUGCUGGGCAGUGGGGGUGGCCAGAGAGUCUGUGAGGAGGAAGGGAGAGAUCAGCUGUAGCCCUGAGUGGGGGAUCUGGGCUGUGGAGCAGUGGUGGGGUCAGUUCCGGGCUCUCACCUCCCCUGUGACACCCCCCCUGCCCCUGAGCCGGGCCCCUAGCAGGAUCCGGGUUUGUCUGGACUGUGACCGGGGGCAGGUGACAUUUAUCGAUGCUGGUGACGAGGCCCCGAUCUUCACUUUCCCGCCGGGCUCCGUCCCUGGGGAGAGAAUCCGACCCUGGCUCUGGGUGGGGGACAGAGACACCCGGCUCCGACUGUGUCCCUGA